AUGGGUCAAAGAGCAGAUUUGGUACUAUGUGCUUCUUCAGAUUUAGGAUUUGGUGUAGCAGAAGUGAACGUUUUUGUAAAUUCCAAAAGAGACAAAGUGAAUUUUGGAAAGUGGCGUCAAAUUACAAAAUCAUUAAAAGAUAUGUUUGUUCAACUAGCUACUGACAUAGAUCUGUCAGAAGAAAUACAACAUGAAUUGUUUGUCAUUUAA